AUGAUUACGGUCUAUGUCAACGAUCGUCUGGGAACUCGUGCAGCCAUACCGUGUCUUGCGUCGGAUCCAAUCAAGCUAUUCAAGGCCCAGGUGGCUGCCAGAAUCGGACGAGACACCCAUGAGAUCCUUCUGAAGCGUCAGGGCGAACGACCGUUCAAAGACUUCCUCACCCUGGCCGACUACAGCGUUUCCAACGGAGCUCAACUUGACUUGUAA